ACGGUAUCAAAUCAGAUUGCAGAAUAGGUACCUCGUACGUAGUGCCUAGUAAAAAGUUCAAUCUAGUACCUACUAUAUUUUGGUUUUUGGAACUUUGUCUCUGGACGACACUAGUUAUAGUUAAAUCACAGAAUAAAUACCUAUUAUCGAAUCGUUGAAGAAAGAAGUACUAUUUUAAACUGAGUGUGACGAAAAUAUUUCAAAAUGAAUGUUUUAUUACAGGGAAUGAAAAAUUUAGUACUCAAUAAAUCACUGGGAGAAACGACUAGGUGUAUGGCAUCGCUUUAUCAAAUGCACAAGACAGGCCCUCAUAAAAAACCAAUGUUCAAAAGAAAUCCGUUGGGUGAUAAUCCAUUUUUAAAAGGUGUUAUACUCAAAACGCUGAUAAGAAAACCAAAGAAACCGAAUUCGGCCAACAGAAAGUGUGUCUUGGUACGAUUGAGCAAUGGCAAGGAAAUGAUUGCUUAUAUACCUGGCGAAGGGCACAACCUACAAGAACACAAUGUUGUAUUAGUACGUAAUGGACGAUGUAAAGAUUUGCCUGGUGUAAAAAUAACGUGCGUUAGAGGAAAAUUCGAUUUACCACACGUUGUGAAAAAAACUCAAACAAAUUCUUAAGUCCAGUAACAUUAGACCAUUUUCAUUUUCAAUUUUUUUUUUUUUGUACAUUAGUCAUUAAUAAAAUUAGAUUAUAAAUAAUAA